AUGCCGAACUGGAAAGAAUUCUUCUCCAACAAGCAACGGAGACAAUUCCCCGAGGUUGUCGUCCCACUUGCCCAUGGCUCCGCACCAAAAGAUGCUUACCCCAGCGACCACUCCGGCCUCGACAGAUCAUCUUCCCAGGAAAAGGGCGCCGCUGGCCCCGUCCCAACCGGUGAACUGACUCUGGAAGCUCUCAGGGCCGAGGUUGAGUCCGAUAUUGGCGCAUCAGGCCAUGAUACUGUUUACGAUCGCAAGGCAAAGAUCAUUAACAGAGCCAUUCAGGACAUUGGCAUGGGACGCUACCAAUGGGGUCUGUUUGUGCUCUGUGGAAUGGGUUGGGUUGCCGACAAUCUCUGGUUGCAGGGAGUUGCCCUCACUCUGACCCCAAUUGCCAACGAAUUCGGUGUCUCUGAAAAUGAGUCUCGAUUCGCAACAUGCUCUCUCUUUGUUGGUCUGAUCAUUGGUGCUUCUUUCUGGGGUAUUGCCUCUGAUGCCAUCGGAAGACGUCCCGCUUUCAACAUGACCCUUUGCAUUUGCGGUAUAUUUGGUCUCGCCGCCGGGGGUGGACCUAAUUGGGUUGGAACAUGUGCAUUGUACGCUUGUCUUGGUCUUGGUGUUGGUGGAAACCUACCCGUUGACGCAGCUGUCUUUUUGGAAUGCUUGCCACCCAAUUCAAGCAACAUUCUGAGUGGUCUAGCUACGUGGUGGUCUGUCGGUACAUUGAUUGCCAGUAUGCUUGCCUGGGCUUACAUUCCGAACUUCUCUUGUGAAAGCAUAGAGACAUGUACCAAGGCAAACAACUGGGGCUGGAGAUACCUGGUCUUGACAUUGGGUGCCAUCACAUUCGCCAUGUUCCUCUGCCGUGUCUUCCUCUUCACUCUCUACGAGUCCCCCAAGUUCCUGGUCUCUCGCGGCCGUCAGGAUGAGGCCGUGGCUGCAGUGCAAGGAAUCGCUCACAAGAACAAGACCACCACCUGGCUCACUGAGGAGAUCAUGAAUGAGAUCGGUGGAUAUCCCGAGGAACACAAGAAACAGUCUCUUUCUACCAUGGAGAUCAUCAAACGGUCCCUUGAGAGAUUCUCCGUUCAACAGAUCAAGCCCCUGUUCAGGACUAGACGCCUUGCCAUUUCCACCAUCCUCAUCUGGUUCUGCUGGACUUGCAUCGGCAUGGGCUACACUCUCUUCAACGCUUUCCUUCCCCAAUACCUAAGCGCCAACUCUUCCACCUACAUCACCUACCGCAACUACGCCAUCACAGCAGUCUGUGGAAUCCCAGGACCGCUUCUUGGCUGGUACACUGUCGACAUCAAGUACAUCGGUCGCAAGGGCACAAUGGCCGCCUCAACCCUCAUCACAGGCGUCCUAUUGUUCUGCUUCACAGCCACAAAGGACCCCAACAUCCAGCUCGUCUGCUCCUCCCUGGAAUCUUUCUUCCAGAUGAUCAUGUAUGGUGUCCUGUAUGCCUACACACCCGAGGUCUUCCCGGCUCCCAACAGAGGUACCGGGUCUGGUAUUGCUAGUUGCUUGAACCGCAUUGCGGGUCUGAUGGCUCCCAUUAUUGGUAUCUAUGCUAGUACUGAUCCUGUUGCGCCGAUUUAUGCCGCUGGUGCUCUCAUCUUGGCUUCCUUUGUGGCUAUGUGCUUCUUGCCCAUUGAAACUCAAGGGAAGCAGUCGAUGUAA